UUCGUUCAUUGUACGUACGUGUAUAAUAUCGUAUACCACACCAGCUGAAGCAGCCCGGCUCGAAUCACCAAGCACCGACUACUUGAUAAUAUUGUAUCAUAAUCAACCAACAUGCGCGCUGUCUCCGUUGUCCUCGCCGGCGUCUUCGCCCUCGUCGCGAGCGCCCAGUCAACGACGAGCGGCUCCGCGGCUACUCCCACCACCACAGACCCGGUCCAAGCCUCCAUGAUCGCCUGCAUUGAAGCUUGCACUCCCGGCGACGUGAGCUGCACAUCCAAGUGCAUCGCCGUCCCGAACCCCAACGAGUCCCAGGUCAACGCCACCAACAACUGCGUGGCGGCCUGCCCUCAGGGCAACGGCACGGAAAGCGACAUCCGCAACUACGAGACAUGCGUCUCAGACUGCAUUGGCCAGAACUACUUCACCACGUCGGGCGGGACUCCCAGCCCCACGGGCGGCGCCGGCUCUGGCUCCGGCUCCGGAUCUAGCGGCAGCGCCAGCGGUGAGGCUUCGGGCACCGCCGGCAGCACUGGUGCCUCUGGUACUGCUGGUGGGCAGGCCUCGCCAACUGACUCCUCUGCCCCCGCGGCGUCGUCUACUGGCGCGGCUAGCCAGAUGCUCCGGAUGACUGGGUCUGCCGCUGGGUUGUUCGGGUUUUUGGCUGCUGUUUUGGCGCUGUGAGCGCCAUCUCAUUUAAUGUGGUGGAUCGGGCUGUAUGGGAUGGAAUGGAAUGAAGUUAAAGACGGGAUGAUCAGUGGAGGGCGUAAUAGGUUUGGUUGGGAUCGGAUUUACAGCGUUUCCAGUAUGUCACUGCUGCAGUGUGUACGUCACGGGUAAUAGUGUCAGCAUCAAAACACGGGCGCGUCUGUUAUGCCUCAAUGGUUUGGACUUUGUGUGCAUGCGAUUGCGGUGUUUUUCUUGCCUAUGACGUCCGCGGUACGACGGGUUCGACUUCGCUUACCCACGGCAGGUUGAGCUGCUUCAUCUCAACCGCCAGCUGGAAAAGAUAAUCGAGACUGGCGUCCAGCAGCAUCGUGUCAGCAAACCCGAGGCCCA